AUGGCCGUGCAAAAUUCUGAGACGCAUAGUUUGUGUCCUCCUGUGGUUAUAAACGAUCCUGAUGCUAAUUCAAGCUUAGAAAAUACAGAAUUUGUUCAACAACCUCCUCAAUAUUCAGAAAUUCCUGGUACAGUUCCCUUAAACCUAGAUACUGAAAGUGGUCCUCCGCCUUCAUAUGAAGAUGUUAUCGACCCUGAAGCUUCACCUCCAUCCUAUAAUUCAUUGUUUGGGCAAGUACGAGAAGCAAGAAAAAAUUCUCAUUCAUUUGUUGACUUCCUGAGGAAAAUUGUUGUCCUUCUCAUAGGGACAAUUGGUUGUACUAUCAUUUUGGGACUUACAAUACUUGUUCCCAUCUCAAUGAUUCUUGUUGGUACAAAAUAUUUUGGUCAGUGCCCAGUUGAAAAAUUCAUUCCAGUCUACCUAAUUGUAGGAGGGACCUUUGGUGUUUUGAAAAAUAUUAUGGGUUUUAUUAGUAGGUGGCGAAAAGACGAAAAUGAACAGGAGCAAAUGAUGCAUCGGUCUCGAGAUAGUAUUCUAAAUUGUUUUUUGUUUGCAUGGUUCAUUACUGGUUGUGUCUGGACUUACAAAGUAUAUGAGCCAGAAUAUGAAGAUCAGAAAAGCCCAUUUUUUUGCAAUAAGACACUGUAUUUAUUUGCGUUUUGGCUGAUCACUGCAACAUUUUUAAUAAUUGGUCUUAUGAGUGUCUUCAUAUUAUGUUUUUUGUUAUCAUCUAUAGUUGCAAAUUUGGAAUGAUUUUUUUU